AUGCGUUGCUUCUUAAUCGACAGACAUCGCGACAACGCAAGAGACUGCCUUCGCUUUACUGAACCAUACAAUCGAACAGACGGACCUCAGGGGUCUGCGGCCCAGAGCCAUGGGGAGGAAUGCUCAAAGCAACACCAGCGUAGCGCUCACUGCAUCUCCCGCUGGAAGUACCACUGGAUACCGUGCAGUUCAAGAGGAAGUCCAGCAGACGCAGGAAGGAUGAACCGCUCCUGUGUGAACUACUCGAAAACGUUGGUGAUCGGUCUCAACAUGCUCUGCUGGCUGUGCGCCGCCUUUGUGGUGGCCCUCGGCGAGUUCCAGGUGAUCCACUCCAAGUUCGCCUCCCUCGUCGACACCUUCUGGCCCAUCUACCCCGCCAACACCUUGGUGAUCACCGGCACCAUCGUGACCUGCGUGUGUUACCUGGGCAUGUUCGGCAGCAUGAAGGAGAACCGCUGCAUGCUCAUCAACUUCUUCGUCCUGCUGUUCAUCCUGAUGCUGGUGGAGUUGGCCAUGGCCUGCGUGUUCCUGGUCUACAGCAGAGAGAUUCACACGUACUUUGAGGAUGACCUGAUGCGAAGCCUGGAGAUCUACAGGCAGUUCGGUCCAGAGAGCAACACGACCAUUAGAGACGACUUUGACGCUGUCCAGCACCUGUUUAAGUGCUGUGGAGUUCACGGUGUGGAAGACUGGAAGGGUAACGUCCCCGUCUCCUGUUGUAGGAAGGACCCCUGUGACCCCCUAACCCACACAUACUGGCAAGAGGGUUGUCUCUUGAAACUGAGGGAAUGGUUUUCCAGAAACUAUCGUAGCACGGGCGCCGGCGUCGUCACGAUGUUCAUCCUGCAGUUCAUUUGUCUGUCCAUCACCGUGCCUCUCUUUUGCUACUUCAGUCGACAUGGACUGGGUUACCAGUGAAUAAAGGCCAAUGACACUGACUUUCUGUAUGUCAACUCGUUGCUUUUUCCUGUAUCAACUUCUUUUUAUUAAUCUGUUCAAGUACCCAAUGACAAAAGGUGAGCCAACAGGAGAACGAGCGGUGGGACUAUGUCCUAAUCCACAAAGACCGCAAGAGAUCUGUUUCCCCAAUGAAUGAUAUGCACUGCUCUGGAUUGCUGCCCAUCGCAGUUUGUUGGACAUUAAAAAACAUUUUGAAUUUGAGUUGGACAAACUAGAGCUAAACGAAUCCGACAUAGAUAACUUUGCCAGUAAGCAUUAUUCACUCGUUCGCUUUUAGUUUUUCAAUAUUUUCCGCCCCUCUUUAUUUAGUUUUUUUGCUUUCAAGUGUUUUGAGCAACUGGAAAUAUAAAGGCUGUUAAAUGUGUAUAUACUCUGCUAAUAAACCAGUGUGAAUGCUGAUUAAAAUUUAAAAAAAAUU